AUGAACCCGCGAGGUCGGUCAGCAGAUGAUGCGCAAUACGCGAUCGCUUCCAGUUGGGUUUGGAGCAUCAAAACCGGUGACACUGAAGCACCGCAGCAGGCGAUUGAGGCCUUCCAGAAACUGAUUCGCAGUUAUCCUAACUCGCACUAUGUCCCACGAGCACAUUACUGGUUGGGACGUUGCUAUGCCUAUAUUGGUGACGAUUACCAAGCCAUCACACAAUACCAGAUUGUGGAGAGUCGCUAUGCGGGUUCUGAAAUAUCCGACUCCGCACGAUUAGAAUUGGCACGCGUAUAUGUGAGGCAAGGUUACGUCACACGCGCCGAGACGCUUUAUAAUAAUCUUACCCAAUCUUCAAUAGAUCACGGAAUUGUUGUUGCUGCAACUCAGGAGCUAAGGACACUCAAAACGCAACCAUUCAAAAUACAACGAAAACCGAUAGUAUCGCUUCCUGAAAGGGUAGUUCAAGCACAAACGCAAUCCAAACCUCAACCCAAGCAGGCAUCACCUAUUCCCGAAACGAAAAAACCUUUGGCUCCUGAAUCACUGACGCGUCAAUUUGGAUUAACGGCGAAGACGAUUGUUAUUGACCCUGGUCAUGGAGGCAAAGACUCAGGCGCAUUGGGCAAGGGGCGCUUACAAGAGAAAGCCAUUGUUCUCAGCAUCUCUGAAAAACUUCGUGAGGUCCUAACGCAAAAAGGCUAUACUGUCCUGAUGACACGUGAUACCAAUCGUUUCAUUCCGCUCAAGGAGCGUACUGCAUUCGCAACGCGCCACAAAGCGGAUCUCUUUCUGAGCAUUCAUGCUAACGGCAGUGAAAGCCCUAAAGGAAAGGGUAUCGAAACCUACUAUCUGAGUGUAACCAGUGCGGACAAAGCCUCAGAAGAUAUUGCAGCGCGGGAAAAUGCGGACUCCGGCUACAGUAUUCAAGAACUGGAGACAUUGCUGAAGGGGAUCAUACAGGAAAGCAAAAGCGAAGAUAGUAAGCGAUUGGCAAGACACAUACAGCAAGCGUUGGUACAGGCUACAGGUGCGGUUGACCGUGGGGUCAAACACGCACGGUUUGUCGUUUUGAUCGGAACAAACGUACCUGCUGUCCUCGUCGAGACCGGAUUUGUAUCGAAUCCGACGGAAGGACAAAAACUCACAACACCGGCGUAUCAACAUAAAAUCGCCACUGCUAUCGCACAGGGCAUCGAGAAGUUUUUAGGGAAGACCGAGGAAGCACCCCUUGUCAAAGGUGGAGAUCCAAAACUUUCCGCUAAAAGUGUUGAGAGGAACAGGUAA